CUGUUGGUGAUGAGAGAGAGAGUUCCAAUGGUUGCUGCUGAUUUUUUUGCCUAAUCUGACCUCAUUCAUGGACCUCAUACUCUGUUACAACCGUUGAAUUUCAUCUUAUCUUUAUGGUGGAAGAAUCUUCACUUUCCGAUUGAACUUGUUAUUGACAUUGAGUGACAAAUUUUUUUGGACAAAAAAAAAAAAAAAGCCGAGUGCCUCAAAUUUUCGACUUUCCAGUUAAAGUGAACCCUGUUUCAACUCCUUCUCUUCCCUACUAUACAGUGCCAAAUAAUUGGAAAUGAUUAUUGAGAACCCUGAAGCUCUAAAGUCAUGGCUCACUGCUGUACUGGCUCCCUUGUGUGAUGCAGAUCCUGCAGCACUUGCCAAGUAUGUGCUUGCCUUGGCAAAAAAGGAGAAACCCGAAUCUGAGUUGCGUGGAGCCAUGUGUGAUCAGUUGGAUGUAUUCCUGCAGCAAGAAACCAAAGGGUUUGUCGACAAAUUAUUCGUCACUUUGGAGACCAAAUCGUACCUGCAGUCAAAUCCCGAACCCCCGUCGACACAACCAGAAUCUGCCUCCUCCACCACCGAACAGGCCAAUACAGGCGUUACUAACGGCCAAAAUUUAGUCAUUCCACCAGUCUCGGUCCCGGUAGUGCCACUUCCUGUUCCCGUCCUUUCGGCUACGUCAGCCGAUUCGAGGACCAAAAAAUCAUCGUCAGAUCGUACCAAGAGGAGAUCCUGGAGUCCCAGGUCCCGGUCACGGUCCCGCAGUCGGGAUCGUGAUCGGGAUCGGCCAGUGCGACGUUCUAGAUCACGUGAUCGAUCAACUCGCGAUCAUAGAGGUGGUCGCAGUACGUGGGAUGACCGUCGACCGAGCCGACGGAGUCCCGUCAACAGCAGGCGAUCGGACCGGAGACGCUCUCGUUCUCCCUUGCCACCUCGGCGUUCGUCUCGUAGCCCACGCAGCUCACGUCGUCAACGUUCUCCGAUUCCUCCACCCCCCAUCGUUGCUGGAUUGGAAAACGUGGCUGUUGCUCCCGUUCUCGUACCUACCGGAGUUGCUGGUACCGAUCCAGCUAUUGUGGUGGGAUUGCCUGUUCCUCCUGCAGCCAUUCAAAGCGUCGUGGUGGCCCCACCGGCGGCUGUUCCGCAGCAACAGCUCGAACGGGGGCCAAAGUUUCGAUGCCGUGAUUACGACGAGAAAGGUUACUGCAUGCGUGGUGAUCUCUGCCCAUACGAUCAUGGCACCGAUCCGGUCGUCCUGGAAGAUGUCGAGCUGUCAUCUGUCUUGAACUAUAAUCGACCUCCACCUCCAGUGGGGGCCACUGGAAGUAGCGGUGCUCCCCCUGGGCCACUACCCGUUGGUCCUCCACCUCAUCUUCGCGGACCACCUCCUAGUCUGCCCCCGUCUGGAGAACCAUACAAUCCUGAUGCACCUGGCAUCAGCUGGCCUCCGCCGCCCUUGGUUGGUCUGCGUCCGCUGGGUCCACCACCCCCGUUUGGCCACCCACCUUCGCAUCGCCUCCCACCGCCACACAUGAGAAUCCGAGGGCCGUUGCCACCACGUGGUCCACCACCGAUGGGCCUACUAGGUUCUGCCCCUCCUCCUAGAGAACUAAUAAAUGUGCCUACUGCCGAGGAUGGAAUCGAUGCCGGUGUAAAGAGGACCGUUAGAGAAGCUGGACUUGAUUCCGAUGGACAUCUUGUCAAGAAGGGCCACUUUGAUUACAACCGUUUGGGUAAUCCGCCAGUUCAGCAGCAGCAGCAGCAGCAACAACAACAGACUGGACAGGCCAAUCAUGGACAGCCACCGCAGCAGCGUCGCUUCGAUCCCACGAAUUGCUGCCUGGAAGUGAAAAAGAUUCCUCGCGGACUGAACAACAUUUCAGUUCUCAACAAUCAUUUUAGCAAAUUUGGCAAAAUUAUCAAUUUGCAAGUGUCUUACAAUGGAGAUUCGGAAGGUGCCCUGGUGACGUUCUCUUCUCACGCCGAGGCUCAGGCAGCCUACCGGAGUACCGAGGCCGUCUUAAACAACCGCUUCAUCAAAGUGUUUUGGCACAACAAAGAAAUGAGUUCGCCCGAAAUGAAGGGCAAGCAGGAGAACGUUCCCCCCACCUCUAAGGUUCCCAUUAGGGAGCGGUUAGGAGGAGCACAUCCUCAACGAGUGCUAGCCCAGUCGCAAACUUCAGCUGCGAUCGUCGAUGAAGUCGCCAUCAAAGAAGCUUCUGAAGCCAAGGAAAAGGAAAGAGAGAAAGCUGUUGCGGCCAUUAAGAGGAGUCAAGAGAUCCUGGCCGCCAAAGAGGCGCUAAAAAAGAAGCAAGAAGAGCAAAAAAGGGAGGCUACUAAAUUGCAGGUGGAUCUGCAGCGGCGCAAGCAAGAGCUAUUGGACAAGCAAUUGCAGCAGCAGCGCGUGUUGAUUGAACGACUGGAGAAGAACAAGAACACAAUAAAGACGGAUGAGCGAGCUGCCGUCAUGCAGACGGUCCGAAAUCUCCAGGAAACGAUCGAGAAACUGAAAAAAGACCUUCAGACGACGAAUCCGAGUCACGGCCAUGCCGCCAACGCUCCUUCCGUUGGAGCCCCUGCUCACCUAGCCAAAACUCCCGAAGAAGCCAAAAAAGAAAUACUGGAUGUAGAGAUUGAACUCUAUCAGAAGCAGAUGGAAGGAAGCGACACGACUGAAUUACAGCGUCGAGUCCAGGAAUUGAACUCGAUCAUCAGUCAGUCGCAUAGGGGCCAUCCGAGUAAUAGACGAGGAGCUAGGAUCAGCUCUAGAGGCACUCUUCGAGGCAGAGGUCGUGGAUUGGCUGCAAGAUUAUCAGCUCGUGGAAGGGGUCGAGGUGGUUACUAUGUUGGCCCGCACGUGUCGGUGGAUCGCAGACCUACCCAGCUCAAAGCCACUGGCUUCGAAAUUCACCAGCAAGGAGACAUACUUGCCCAUUUUGCCAACUUUGGUGAAGUAGUGGACUACCACGUCGAUGAAGAUUAUCCAGCGCUGACGAUUCGAUACAAGUCCCGGAAGGAUGCCGAAAUGGCUUUGGCCCAAGGGCGAAGUUUCACGGGCGCCAACCUGUCAGUUAGUUGGCACAUGCCACCCGGUUCUGUCCCUAAAGUCAAGGAUCAUGUCGCUGCCGAAGAAGAAGAUGAACACAGCGGCAAUAGGAUCGAGGGAUCGGCUAGUGCCGAGGAAGACGAUGAAGAAGAAAACGAGGGUCUAGAUGAUUUGUUGAAUUAUGAAGAGGAUGACGAAGAUGAAGAACGCUCCUGGAGGCGAUAGAGUAAUUUGAAAAUCAUUUUUGUUUUACACAUGCUAAAUGUACGAGUUGAUGUUGAGUUACGGUACAAAAGAAAAGAAAAGAAAAAAAACUUGACCGCAAACUUAAAAGUUCAAACAAUAUUCACGAACCUUUUCAAGUCGUGAAAUUGAUAAAACUGAAUAAAAAUCUUAUGGAUUUUUCUCACCCUUA